AAACGAACGGCGACGGCGGCAGGAGUUUCAACUGAUGCUUUUUCUUUCCCACCGAGAAUGCUUUGUCUGAGGUAUUCUCCGGUAAUUUUUCCUACUAGAAGACAGGAAACAGUUCAGCUCCCCAAGAACUAUAAUCGUAACGUUGUGGUGUGCGAAGCUAAAGGUCCACGACCAAGGUAUCCUCGAGUGUGGAAAACAAAAAAGAAAAUAGGGACCAUUUCCAAGUCACUGAAGCUUGUUGAGUGUAUAAAGGGAUUAUCAAAUGUCAAGGAAGAAGUCUACGGAGCGCUUGAUUCAUUCAUUGCAUGGGAACUGGAGUUCCCUUUGAUUACAGUGAAGAAAGCAUUAAAAAUUCUUGAGAAUGAAAAAGAGUGGAAAAGGAUAAUUCAGGUGACAAAGUGGAUGUUGAGUAAAGGUCAAGGGAGAACAAUGGGAAGCUAUUUUGCAUUGUUAAACGCCUUGGCUGAGGAUGGAAGACUUGAGGAAGCUGAAGAGCUUUGGCUGAAACUAUUCUCUCAGAAUCUGGAAAGCAUGCCUCGUAUUUUCUUUCAGAAAAUGAUAGCCAUAUAUUAUCACAAGGAGAUGAAUGAGAAGAUGUUUGAGAUAUUCGCAGACAUGGAAGAGCUUGGUAUUAGGCCAACUGUGCCAGUUGUCAAAAUGGUGGGAAAUGUUUUUCAGAAACUGGGAAUGUUGGACAAGUACCAGAAAUUAAAUAAGAAAUAUCCACCUCCAAAGUGGGAAUAUCGAUACAUAAAAGGGAAGAGGGUUAAAAUAAGAACAAAAGAUCUUGAUAAAUCUCACGAUCAUGAUGUUGAAAGUAACUCUGAAGAGGUAGAUGAGUCUGAGUUCGACGAGAACUCACAAGAUCAAGAAAAUGAAGAUUAUGUAGAGCAAAUCGAAGACGCUGAAGAGUGUGAACCUGCUGAAGUAUCAGUUGUAUCUAGUGAAACAAGGGAAUCCUCUAUGUCAACUUAAUGAUUUGAAUUCCUAUAAAGUUAUCAUUCGUUC